GACCGCGGGCACUGGGUCAGACAUUGGAUCAGUCUGUACUGGACAGCGGGCACUGGGUCACCAGGCAUCAGGGUCAUUUGGCUCGACAAUAGCGGGCACCGCGUCAUCUGGCAAGGCAGUGGGGCUCCGAGUCAACAGGUACCGACAGUGUGCUCGAGUCAACUGCGUAUGACCGUGCAAGCAGUGGGUCAGACAUUGGGGAUUCGUCUGACUGGACAGCGGGCACUUGGGUCACCAGGCAUCAGGUCAUUUGGCUCGUACAGCGGCACCGCGUCAUCUGGCAAGGGCAGUGGCUCCGAGUCAGACAGGCACGACAGUGAGCACCGGGGCAUCAGGUACCGGAUUGUCUGGCUCGACAGCGGGAAU